AUGUCCGAAGAACAAGGUGUCUCUACCGCCAAUGAUAUCAAAAGAUCCUAUGAUCCGGAAAAUUUGAUGUCAGAGGAAGAUUUCUAUAAAGAAAAAACCGAUGAUGUUGUCAAAACCAGAGGGGUUACAAGAAUUGAGGCAGUCAAGUCCAGUCUGAGCCGCACCUAUCUCUGGAUUUUUGGGCUUUCUAUAUUUUUGACCGCAUGGGUGGCUACUUUAGAUAAUUCUACCACCUAUAACUAUCAACCUUAUGCUACUUCCUCUUUUGGCCGUCACUCAAUGUUGUCUACUUUGACAAUUGCCAACUCUGUCAUUAGUGCUGUCUGUAAACCUUUCAUUGCUAAAAUCGCGGAUUUCACUUCCAGACCAACUACUUACAUCGUCGUUAUUGUUCUUUAUGUUAUUGGCUUCAUCGUAACCGCUUGUUCUCCUAACAUUUCAGCUUAUGUUAUUGGCUCAGUAUUCAUUUCCAUUGGCCAGUCUGGUAUCGAUCUUAUGAACUCCAUUGUUGUUGGUGAUAUGAUCUCUUUGAAAUGGAGAUCUUUCAUGCUUUCUAUUUUGGCCAUGCCUUACUUGGUUACCACUUGGGUCUCUGGUUACAUUGUUGAGCAAAUCGUCGCUACUAACUGGCGUUGGGGUUACGGUAUGUUCACUAUUAUCACCCCAGUGGCUCUUAUUCCCGCAGUUAUGAUCAUGUACUGGUUGGAUCACAAAGCCAAUUCCCAGAACAAGAUCCCGAUUGGCUCUGAUCCAUUCCUCGAAAAGAAAAGAACAGUGGCUGAGUCUCAAAAAUCAUCUUUCAAGGCUUGGUGUGCACUUAUUGAGGAAGCCCUCAUUGAAAUAGAUGCUAUUGGUCUUCUUCUUAUCGGUUUUGGAUUCUCUUUGAUAUUGCUUCCAUGUUCUCUUUACCCCUAUGCUGUAGGCGGCUGGUCUAAUCCUUCCAUGAUCGCCAUGGAAGUUGUUGGUGGGGUGCUUAUUAUCAUGUAUGUAAUCUACGAAAUCUGGAUUGCCCCGUUCCCAUUGUUACCAAAAAGAGUAUUGUUCAACCGUACUUUCAUUUGUUGUGUUAUUAUCGACUUCAUUUAUCAAUUGGGUGGCUACUUCCCCUUGCUUUACUUCACCUCUUACACCAUGGUUGUCCUCGACUUGUCUACCCAAGACUGGGUUUACUUCUCCAAUACCGUUACUAUGGGACUUUGUUUCUUCGGUAUCGUUUGGGGUAUCGUUUUCAGAAUCUUCCAUCGUUACAAAGUUUUCCAAGUCGUUGGUAUUUGUAUCAAAUUGAUCGGUAUGGGGCUUUAUGUUAAGGCCGGCACGUAUGCAGAGAGUCCUGGUAUCGGGGUACUUAUUGCUGGUUUGAUCAUCACCAGUUUUGGUGACGCUGCCAAUGUCAUGGGUACUCAAAUUGCUGCUCAAGCUGCGGUUCCUCAUCAAGAUAUGGCGGCUACCAUCUCGGUGUUAUCAUUAUAUUCUCUGAUUGGUGCUGCCAUCGGUACUGCUAUCACCGCCGCAAUUUGGAACUCCAAGAUGCCUGGAGCUUUGCUAAAAUACGUUCCAGAUGCAACUAAGGCUACCGAGUUUUUUGAAUCUGUUAGUGACAUCCAUGCCGAACCUUGGGGAUCAGCUAACAGAUUGGGAGCCAUCAAAGCCUACCAAGAAGUCAACCACGUUUUAUUCUGUAUGGGUGUUGGUGUCAGCUCAAUUAUGUUGAUUGGUGUUGUUUUCCAGUCUAACUUCUACUUGGGGGACCAACAAAACUGUGUCGAAGGUGAACAAAAGGAGAGUUACCAAGUCAAUGAAGAUGGGUCCAAAAAAAGCAUUUUGGAUAAGAUUGCUGAUUUCUUCAAUAAACCAUUGUACUAA